GCUGGGUUUCUCUCUUCACUUCAGCAGCGUCUCCAGAUCAAGGUGCAGCUCGUUUCGGAGGAUCGUCUCAGCCAAAUCUGCAGCUGAAGUUGAGCUCGGUCAUGACAGAGUCACCUGAUUCCCCGGCGGAUGGCAGUCCGCUCAUCAGCGCCGCUCGGCUGGGAAAACUGCGCUUGGUUCGUCUCCUGGUGGAGGGAGGAGCGCAGGUCAACGAGAGGAACCAGCGAGGAGAGACGCCUCUGCUGGCCGCCUGCCGAGCUCUGCGGGGCGAUCAGUCCGGAUCCAGCAUGCUCAGACUCAUCCAGUAUCUCCUUCACCACCAGGCCGACCCCAGUGUCCAGGACACGACGGGCCGCACGGCUCUGAUGUACGCCUGUAUGGAGCGGGCCGGGCCGGGUGUGGCGUCGGCUCUGACCGCGGCGGGCGCAGAUCCCAGCACGGAGGACUACGCCGGAGGCUCGGCGCUCGUUUACGCCAUCAACGCCCACGAUCAGGACACACUCACAGUGCUGCUGGACGCCUGCAAAGCCCAGGGACGAGACAUCAUCAUUAUAUCCACCGAUCUGAGCUGCGACCCGCAUGUCCCUCCGUCGCCCGACAGCUCGCCCGUCUCCUGCAUGUCGCCCUCGGACAUCGAGCUCAAGACCAGCUCUCCCAACUCUGAGGGCGAGAACAUUUUUAACUUUCGAGGAGGCGGUGAGGUUUCUCCCGAACUUUCGAGGAGCGAGAGUCGCGGUCGGCAGCGUUUGCGCUCGGAGCCGUGGCUGGGCGUCGAAAACCUGGGCAAUCUCAGCCAGCGCUGGGAGAAAAACACAGAAGAGGAGGAGAACCGAGAGCACGGGCGUUAUCUUCCCACCGAUUUGAAGUUUAAAUCGGAAUCAGAGCAGCUCCAUAGCAGAAGAAACACACUUCCAGAUCUUCUUCAGCCGCCGGUCCUUAAACUCACUCCGUCCAGAUCCGACACUCACUUGCACCGGGAUCCGUGCGCUCCGAGGUUCCCCUCCAUCUACAGGAGCAGUUCUCUGCUGCUGGCUCCUCCUGACGCGCUUCACGAGCUCCACACGGCGAACAGAAAGAAGACGAGAGCUCACGGUGGAUUCUUGCCUCCUCUUCCUGGUGUUUCUGUGAGGAGCGUGUGCAGAGAUCCGACCCCAGCCCCGGCUCCUGUCCGACGGGAAGCUCACGGUACGAGGAAGGAAAGCUCGGAGAUGCUCUCCUGUUGUGAAAUGUCUUCUAAUAAAACCGAGACUAUUACAUUAUACCAGUCAAAGGUUUUCCAACAGUAAGAUGUUUGUAUGGUUUUAAAGAAGUCUCUUCUGUUCACCAAGCCUGCAUUUAU